CGCAUCGCAUCGUCGGUGAGGCGGUGAUCCAGUAGUACCACAUAGGCUUCUUUCACAACGCCGCCAUUCUAUCUCCUCCCUCCCUUCCUUGAUAAAGAUAAACCCUUUUUUUUUAUUUUUUUUCUGAUUUAAUUUCAACACCUUCAAAAUAAAAGGUCGAAGCUCCCACCCACAAAUUUGGCGCAGGACCUCGCAGUCAGACUCAUUACACAGCUGUCUGAGGUGAGCGUUCCACAAGCCUACAUCGAAACGAUGCCGUCGAAGCUUUUAACCACCGCCCUCCGCCGCACGAUCUUAAAACCCACAAUCCUCCGCCCCUUCUCCACCGCUGCUGCCGCCGUUGCUGAACCCUAUCAAGAAGACACAUCAGGAAUUACGGUGAAAGGCGUAAAAAUCUCCGGAAGACCCCUCUACCUCGACAUGCAAGCUACCUCGCCGGUGGACCCUCGAGUCCUCGACGCCAUGCUCCCUUACUAUCUCUCCCGCUUCGGCAACCCUCAUUCCCGGACCCACCUCUACGGCUGGGAAUCCGACCAGGCCGUCGAGUCUGCCCGUACCCACGUGGCAGACCUAAUUAGCGCCUCCCCUAAGGAGAUCAUUUUCACCUCCGGCGCCACCGAGUCCAAUAACAUCUCCGUCAAGGGAGUUUUGCAUUUUUAUAAGGAUAAGAAGCGCCACGUCAUCACUACCCAGACGGAGCACAAGUGCGUCUUGGACUCCUGCCGUCACCUCCAGCAAGAGGGUUUUGAGGUAACUUAUCUUCCUGUUGAACCUGACGGGCUCGUUGAUCUGGAUAAGCUUCGGGCCGCGAUACGGCCCGACACGGGGUUAGUUUCGGUUAUGAUGGUUAAUAAUGAGAUUGGAGUGAUUCAACCUGUCGAGGAAAUUGGGAAAAUCUGUAAGGAAUUUAAUGUUCCGUUUCAUACCGAUGCUGCCCAGGCUUUGGGGAAAAUUCCCAUAGACGUCGAUAAGAUGAAUGUCAGUUUGAUGUCUUUGAGCGGGCAUAAGAUUUAUGGGCCUAAGGGAAUUGGGGCUUUGUACAUGAGGCGCAGACCGAGGAUCCGCGUGGAGCCUCAAAUGAAUGGGGGCGGGCAAGAGAGAGGGAUAAGGAGUGGAACUGUGCCAACUCCCUUGGUUGUGGGCUUUGGGGCUGCUUGUGACAUCGCUAAGAAGGAAAUGGAGUAUGAUGACAAGAGGAUUAAGGCUUUGCAAGAGAGGUUGUUGAAUGGAAUUAGGGAUAAGAUUGAUGGGGUGGUAGUGAAUGGUAGCGUGGAGAGGAGGUAUGCAGGCAAUUUGAACUUGUCGUUUGCUUAUGUUGAGGGGGAAAGCUUGUUGAUGGGGUUGAAGGAGGUCGCCGUGUCGAGUGGUAGCGCUUGCACUAGUGCGAGCUUGGAGCCCUCCUAUGUAUUGAGGGCAUUGGGUGUGGACGAGGACAUGGCACAUACGUCUAUUAGGUAUGGGAUUGGGAGGUUCACUACGGAGGAAGAGAUUGACAGGGCUGUGGAGCUAACUGUAAUGCAGGUUGAGAAGUUAAGGGAAAUGAGCCCUCUUUAUGAGAUGGUGAAGGCUGGGAUAGAUUUGAAGAAUAUACAAUGGUCACAGCACUGAUUGGGUUGAGGCUGCAAACUUGCGAUAACUGAACCUCUAAAUGUGUCAUGGAGCAGCUACUUCCUGGGCUUAUGGGCGUCUCACUGGUGUUUUCUGACAUUACUCUUUGGAUGCAAUUCAUACUCAUAGGAAAAGAAGGAAGCCCUUUGACAUUCAGUAGCAAUAGGUGUAGGACGUACGCUGGUGAUGGAGGAACAUGCAGCUGAGAGGAAGUAAAAUGUUUGUACUUUUGGAAGCUCGAUCACAUCACAUGUAGGUUUGUCUGUGAUCAAAUAAAAAGCUUUGUCUGUUGCAUGUCAUUUUGCUGAGCUUGUGAACUAUUGCCCGCGCAAGGUUAAGUUUCUUGCCCGGUACCAUUGAUGUAUCUCCAUGGCGUGGAACGAUGAGCAGUAAAUUACUCGAUACCAUCCACGCCAGUCAUUUCCGUCGCAA